AAUGCUUAGAUGAUAUAAGUGAAAGGCUUGAAGCUAUUCGAAAUCAACGCCUUGAAACCAUAAAAAAUAUUCAACUUUUGAAGUCAGAAUAUGAACAUGUCACUCGUCUCCUUGAAGAAGCAGGCGUUUCUCCUGAGGGCUCAAAGGAAUUCAACAUGCAGGUUCUAGAGGAAUACUUGAAACUUCAUGAAUUUCGUGGCCUGGACUUUCUACAGGCACUCAGGACCUUUCUUCUCAGUUUCCAACUACCUGGUGAAAGCCAAAAAAUCGACAAGAUUGUCACAUAUUUUGCUCAAGAAUACGUCUUGCAAAAUCCAGGCUCUUUCCGUAACUCUCAAGAUGCCUACGUAUUGGCCUAUGCCACAAUACUUUUGAACACGACAUUACAUAAUGCCAAUGCCAAAGGCCACAGUAAUAGCCUAGGCGACGAGAAAAGGUUUCUCCAAACCCUGCUCGAAUUCGACAAGGAUACGAACCUACCUAGGGACCUCGUUCGCAGUGUGUACCAGGGCAUCAAGUCAAACCCGAUCGUGCUGGUGGAGGAGAACUGCGAGCCAUGCAUCAUUCGCGGCUGGCUGUGGAAGUUGGGUGGACGUGUCAAGAUUUGGAAACGGCGGUGGUUCGUUCUGACAGAGCAACACCUCUUCUACUACAACGCCCCCGAAGUGAGUCAUUCUUUGGCAAAAUGGGCGUUGUCGUCGUCGUCGUCGUCAGUGAUUUCGCUUUGCUUAAAAUACGGCUUCUUUUUGCCUCGCCAGCGAACAACCCAACGCAAGGGCAUCGUGGCGUUGGAGAACGUGAGUAUUCGUCGGGCCUCUGACCGCUCCAGGGAGUACUGCUUCGAGCUCUUUCCCCGUCAAAACGGCACCACCGGCGCCACCAUCAACACCCGCAAGGCCGAUCGCGAGGGUGUCAUCAUCACAGGUAGGCCUCCCCCAACAACCCCUUCCCCCCCCUCCGCACACUCCUCCCGCCUGUCGCUCACUGGACUUGGUUCUCGUCUAGACUACCACACGACCUACCGCAUGGCCGCCACGAAUUCCGAGGAGUACGAGAAGUGGGUGACCUCGCUGCAGCUCAUCACGAACCGCUUCGGACUGGCCGCAAGCGCCGGCGGCGGGGUCGACAGACCCCUUCGCGGUGCCUCGGUGCCCUGCCUGCCCUCCAGCAGCCGUCACAACGAGCCCGGUCUGACUAGCGUCGCCUCGCAACCGGCCACAUCGUCUAACGCCGACGCCUAG